AUGAAUUUCCAAAGUAUUCUGUACGUGAGGCUAGCAGUUGGCGCCGAGCACCAUUGCAACUGCAGUGCACAUACCUCAGUUGGGCUGGACGGAGGGCGGAAAGAGCUGUGGAGCUCUCCUCGGAUGUCGCCGCCGAAUCAGGUGAACGCCGCCGCCUCCUCUUGCGCCCACGGGUGCGCACCGAAGCCUUCUCCAGGACCCUCGCACCCACGGACGGCCGCGCGGCCGGAGGGGAUUCCGGGCCGGCCAGGCUCGGAGGCGGGAGCGGACGGCCGGGCGCGUGCUCCGGCAGGCGGCGGCAACCCGGAUUUCGCUUCCACGCGGGGAUCCAAAGUGGGCGACGGCGGCAGGCGAGGCAGCUCCGGAACGAUGCAGGAAACCCGCUCCCCGGCGCACAUCCACGCUCCCCUCGAGGCCCAGGCGCGCGCGGACGCCGGCGGAUCUGUCCGCGCGCCGCUUCUCCCUCCCCGCGCCGACCGCUUGACGCGGUCCUCCUCCCUCCCGUAG